ACACACAGCACCAUUGGUCUCUUCAAAGGUUCAUCAUGACGACCAAAGUUGCUCUCCAGCUGGGCUUCUGUGGCCUGUGUCUCACUAUGGCGCUUCUCGGAAAUGGAAUGGGAGUGGAUAUUCCUGAUCCACCAUCAGUGGACUGUGUUUGGAGCCGCUGGUCAGAGUGGAGCCCUUGUGAUAAUUGCACAAAUGUCAGAAGGCGUUCUCGAGGUGUCGAAGUGUUCGGCCAGUUUGGUGGUCAGGCCUGCCAGGGGUCACUGGGCGACAGACAGUUCUGUCCAACGGAUGGCAGCUGUGUGCAACCGAUUCGCCCUUCAUGCUCCGACACAGAAUUCCAGUGCGAGUCAGGUUCUUGCAUCAAGAAGAGAUUUGAGUGCAACGGGGACUUUGACUGUCAGGAUGGAUCAGAUGAGGAAUGUGAUCCUCAGAAUAGACCCUGUGGUUCAACUGUCCUGGAAAACAAUGAACAAGGCAGGACAGCAGGAUAUGGAAUCAACAUCUUGGGUUCAGAUCCUCGAAUGAACCCCUUCAACAAUGAUUACUUCAAUGGGAGGUGUACACGAGUGAGGAAUCCAAACACUUUGAAGAACGACAGGAUUCCCUGGAAUGUUGGCGUGCUCGACUAUCAGACUAAAGUGGAAGAAACCGCCUCCAGAGAAAUCUAUGAAAACACACACACCCUCCUGAGAGAAUUGCUGACAGAGAUGAGCGUUAAAGUCGACGCCGGACUUUCCUUCAAAUUCAGCACAAGUGAGCCGUCCAUGUCUGAGUCGUCCGCCGCUGGCGGGUCUGCAGCGUCCGGCGCCGCCGAGUCCGGCGCCGCCGAGUCCGGCGCCGCCGCAUCCGGCGCCUCCGCGUCCUCAAAGAUAGGUGUAGACUUCGGAUAUGAGAAGAAAAAUAUGAUAAAGGAGGUCUCAGAGACCAGCACCAUCAAGAACCAGAGCUUCAUGCGGGUGGUAGGCAAAGUACAGCUGAGCACCUACAGGAUGCGCUCCCGGGAACUCAAAACAGCCGAUGAAUUCCUGGAGCAUAUCACAUUUUUGCCGGUGCAGUAUGAGAAGGGGAUUUAUUUUGCCUUCCUGGAGGAUUACGGAACUCACUACACCAAAAACGGGAGGACUGGCGGAGAAUAUGAGUUGAUCUAUGUCCUCAACCAGGACACCAUCAAGGCGAGAAAUCUGACAGAGAGAAAGGUUCAAGAUUGCAUCAAUAUAGGCAUCAAUGCAGACAUAGCAGGCGUGGUCGAGGGACACGCGAAACGUGACGGAUGUGACGAUGUAACAACAAAAACCGAAGCUAAUAUUCACGGGAAAGCAGUGGUGGACAAGGUCAUGACAUCAGUCAAAGGAGGAACUCUAGAAAGUGCUGUUAUUAUGCGGGCUAAAUUGAAUAGGGACGGAGUGAUGGACAUCACUACGUAUCAGAACUGGGCCCGGACCAUCGCGGACGCCCCUGCGCUGCUCUACAGUGAGCCAGAACCCAUCUAUAUGUUAAUUCCAUCUGACAUGCCAGACGCUAACACCAGGAUAUCCAACCUGAAGCAGGCCACUGCGGACUACGUGGCAGAGUAUAACGUGUGCAAGUGUAAGCCUUGUCAAAACGGAGGCACUCUUGCUCUGCUGGACGGGAAGUGCAUGUGCCUGUGCUCUCACCUGUAUGAAGGCAUGGCCUGCCAGAAUUUCAAGAGCGAUAAGGCUAAACACCCAGGUAAAAGACCUAUUGUUGAACAGGAGGGUAACUGGUCAUGCUGGUCUAGCUGGUCCAGCUGUCAGGGAGCGAAACGCACCAGGACACGCAGCUGUAACACAGGUGGGCUCCAUGGAGCUGUGUGCAGAGGAGACACCAGCAGUGAGGACUACUGCUAAGAGCAUACUUUACCCUCCAACAGUUUCACUCUCUCUCUGACUCUGACACGUACAUACACUUUGUCUGAAAGAUAGAAAUCUAAUGAUUUAGAGUCAUGAACAUUUUUGUCUUUACAUGCUUAGUGAGGGGAACAGAGCCAUCUUGAGGUCAGUAAUAGAUAAUGCAGUUUUUUUAAUCUGUAGAUUGAUUUUUUUUGUUGAUUUUUUGUGAUUUAAAUGGAUGACAAUAUCAACUGUAAAUAUGUACACGUAUGGAUUUAGUCUGAAUAAGCUCUGUUAAACUUUUCAAAUCUAUUGUACCCCAGCACUGCAACAAAACAAGUAUCAAGCAAAAGGUGUACACUUUAAAUAAAGAUGUGUUGCCACAGUC